CUCUUAAGUCUUAUAACCUUUGUUUUCAAUCUCUGUAUCUCUCUCUCUUUGCUUCUUAGCUGUUUAUUCCUUUUUCUCGUGCCUUCUCUUGUCUCCUUCCAAUGGAUAUUGAUGAGCAAGAAAACCAGCUUGAAGAGAUGGAGAAUGUGAAAGGGUCAUCUUCGUUAGAGACUUUGGCUUAUGGUGAAAACAAAAGGCCAAAAGCCACAAAAGAGAGCGAAAGCAAUCAGAAUAUACAUCAGGAUAUACGUAUCUGUGACUUCUGUGGCAAAACGUUUAACGGUGGAAAAGCUUUGGGAGGUCACAGAAGAUCUCAUCUUCAAGCUAUGAAGCUUGAUCUUUCCAAGAACAGCAUCAAGAAACAUGUCUUUGAGGGUCAUACUGAUUCGGGUUUGGCGGCGAAGACUGUCAAUUAUGAUCUGAUGGCUGAUAAGCUUACGUGCUGUAUAUGUAACAAAGAUUUCCCAUCAACGAAAUCGCUUUCUGGGCACAUGAGGUCUCAUCCUGAUAGAGAUUGGAGGGGCAUUCAACCUCCUCCAAUAGCUGAUCAAAACAGUCCUAGUUCGAGUUCGGGCAGGUCAUAUUCUGAGGACCAUGAAGUGGAUGAUGACGAUGAUCAUCAUCAUAAUAGCUCAGCUGAGACAUAUGUGAGAUCUGGUGUUGAUCUUCUGAGCUAUGUAUCUAACUGGUCUAAGUCUGACAAGAGAGGAAGGAAGUGUAUUGGUAGCACGGAGGCUGCACAGAAUCUCAUGUGUUUAUCUCGUGAUAAGAGUUUCUUUAGUCUCAAUCCGUACCAAGCUGCAAGAAGUAAUAGUUGUGGAAAAGAAGAACUAGAAAAGCACAUAGUGGAGCUGACUGAGAGCAAGAAAACUAAAGGUGGCAGUCCAGGUAAACCCUUUAAAGAUAGUUAUGAAGUUAGUGGAAAAAACAUGAAGAAGAAGAAGGUGAAGAAUUGGAAAAAGAUGUUGAGAGAUUUAGAACAAGAAGAUCUUGGCUUGAUUGAUGAUGAUAAAGGCAGCUAUAAGUGCAGCGAUUGUGGUAAACUUUUCCCAACUUUCCAAGCAUUGGGUGGUCACAGAUCAAGUCACAACAAAGAGAAGAAGAAACAAGCAACAAAUGCAUUAUUUGUAGAUGAUGAGAUUGAAGAAGAAAGCAUUAUUAAGACAUUCCCUACGAAUGGGGGUCUUGAUGAUGGGCAUAGAAGAUGUGAUUCGACAGGACUAGUUGAAGCUCCUCUAUCCAGUGAAGUAGUAUCACCAGGAGGUACUGAUGAAGCUAAAGUAGCAUCCUCUGGAGAAGUCAAUCAGAGUGGUCAAAGAAUAUUGGAUUUUGAUCUCAAUCAACCUUGUAAUCUCGUGGAGGAUGAAGGUAUUGAGUCUACCUUCAAUCUGUUGUAAACUUGUGAUAUCAUGAUAUUGGUCAUGCGUCUUCUUUCCUUGCUAGUUAGUGAUGUUAUUGAGUCUACCUUCAAUCUGUUGUAAACUUGUGAUAUCAUGAUAUUGGUCAUGCGUCUUCUACCUUUACUGCUUGGAUUUUAGAUUCAAGAUUUUGUUUUUCAA